CCGAGAUCCUGCCGCAUUCCCAGAUCCCCUCCACUCUCCGCUUCUCUCUUCACAGCAGCAGCACCAGCUUUGUGGGGAGCAGGGCAGUAAUCCCGCCAGCUCCCUGAUUCCACCAUCAGCUGUAGGCUCCACGCUGAUCCACAGCACCAUGCGGGGCGCCCUGCUGUUGGCAGCCAGCCUGGCCCUCUGCCUGGUUCUUGGGGCCGUCUGCAAGGAGCCACAGGAGCAGGUGGUACCCAGGUCGGACCACAGGAAGAUCCCGAGUCUCGGACCCCUGCUCAAUGCGCUCACUAGCCACAACCCGGUCUCCGUGUUGAACGAAUUGAUCAAAAUUCUGAGCCAGGCUCGCAAGGACCCUAAGAAACGGUCCUUCCUCCAGAAACGUGACAUGCACGACUUCUUCGUGGGACUCAUGGGCAAGAGGGACACCCAGCCAGGCACGCCUGCCGAUGUGAACCAAGAGGGCGCCCCUCGCUCCGGCAGCCUCCAGUACCCGUCCCACGUGGAAUGAGAUGCCCCUGCCCUUCUCCCUCCUCUGCUCCCCCAGCAGGUGGUUGGUGGGAGUGUUUCCAGACAGAAGAUGUGAUUUCCCUUUUUGGUCCUCGGCACUCCAUCUCUGUCCUCCUGGCUGCAUCACAAAUGCACCCCCCCACCCCCGCCGUCACCCCCUCGAAUCCCCAGGUGCACGCUCCCCGAUUUCCCUUCUCUUCCCAGCCUGUGCCCUUCCUGUGCUGAGACUCCCCCAUCCCUCUACCCAGCACUGAUGCAGACAGUGCGCAGUGACCCCCCAGUUCCAGCUGGCAUUGACUGUAGAUUCCCCUGGCUCCCUCAACA